UUCUCUCUAAUCCUCUCAGCUGUCUGAUAUCUCCUACAGAAGCUUUUGUUUAAAAUUUCUUGCAUCUCUUCUUUUUUUCAACUCUGAAUCUUUAAGAAAAAAAUCGAUUAGAAAUUUAGAUCGGAUGGCAGUUGGUAAGGACUGAAGAUUACAUUGCAGUCAGAGAUCGAAAAGAAUAUGCUUUCUGCAAAAUAUUGGUUAAAAAAUCAACAGAAGUUCUAUUUAGAAGAGAUGUAGGUGAAGGAGCAGUUUGGGUAAGGGCAAUGGGGUCUGUCUUUGCCUCCAGGGAGGGGCUUGAUAUUCUAGUCAGUAGACAGGCAUCCGGGGAAAACACAACUCUAUUUAUGGAUCUAUUUUUGUCUACAAAAACAACACAAUAUGUCAGCUUUUUCCAAUAAUUUUGAUUACACGUUUUCAGGCAGAGCCAAGAUGCUGGGAAAGAUCCUCUCUCACCUCCUGGGCGGUGCUGUGGAUGAGCUGGAGUCUGCAGAGGACACUGUGGAGGACCUGAUGGAGUUUGAGGAAGGAGGAUGGGUCAUUGUCAAUCUGCCAGAGGAUGGACAGCUGUCUGUACCAGAGGUGGACCCCCUGGAGAACCUGCUGAUCGAGCACCCGAGCAUGUCAGUCUACCAGAUUAGACACCGGGUUAGUGGAGCCGAGGAGGAGGAGGCGGCCAGCUCUGAAGAGGAGGAAGAAGAUUCGCCAAGGCCUGUAGCAGUGAGGCGGCACCUCUCAUGGCGUCUGGCAGCCUGGGGGGUCCCUCUGCCCUGUAACCUCCAGCUCCUCAGUGUGCAGAGCGUGCAGAGGGACAAGACCCAGGGCGAGCGUAAGAAACUGAGCCGCAGCGCCCUCCACAGACAGAACAUGGCUAAGACCCGGUUCUCUGCUGCUGAACGUCGCUAUGGCCACUUCAAGCAGCCCUGCCAGCGCCUGUAUAACUACUGAGGAGAUGGAGAACAGUAGUGUGCAGGCUUGGCUUCAGUUAUUCUUCAGUUAUUUUAAUGGCUCACUCAGGUUUCCAUUGUGGUAUAUAGUUGAAAAAGCUACAUACCUCUCACAAGUACUGUAUUCAAUGUAAGAGAUUCCAUCCCAAUCCUGAGUGAAAAUUAGGAAUCUCUAAUCAGGAAUAACUGAUUAUAUCCCCUGCUUCUGUUGUUGAUUGAUUGAUAUACUGUAUGUGCAAUUUAAGACAUUACAGACACUGGCUAUGUUUACAUGCACACCAAAAUUCCAAUUUCAGAUUUCUGGAGUCAUCAGAUUUGAAAUGUCAUGUAAACAAGUGAGUAAUUAGAUUUCUUUCUGAUUGUUCAGAACAAUUAUGCAAAACAGGACAAACUAACGUGGCAAAGAAAGACAAAAAUAAAGUAGAAAAGAGUAAUGGCAUUAUUCUAUAGUUAUCUAAUUUUUACUGGCCAUGUAAAUGUACCCAAUGGCAGAAAACAAUUUGAUUUUCAUAAUGGUCAUACGCCAUAAUUUACACACAUUUGUACAAUAUUUAAAGAUUUUACAUUUUUGAAACCCGGACCCUAGUCAUAUUUUAUCUUGAAUUUGCUUUUAUCUUUAUUUUAUAUUUUUAAUCUGCUGAACUAUUUUCAUAUUGGUUGUAUACAAAGCCAGCCUGCACUGAAGCCCUGCUAUGAAAACCUUACGUGAACACUGAUAUUUGAUUUACACCCAAUACCAUUUGCUCUAUAGGACUAUUAUUAUUAAUAUUAUGAUACAUUAGGAACUGUUGAGUAGAUUAUUUAGGUUAAGUUGUAGAAUUAGAUUUAUUUGUGGAAGAUAUUUGUGUGAUAUUGUUACUGUGUGAAAAACAAUGAAAAAAUGUUUGUACUUUUUGGUGAGCGGUGUGCUUUGAAAUGAUGUGCCUUAGCUUUAGAAACAAAAACAAAAAACUGAAUGUUAUGCCUCAAGAACUUGUACAGCUUUUUGCUAAUGUUAAUUAUGUGAAAUUUUGACCACACCAGUGACUUUUAUUUACAGUGUUUUAUCAUAGGGAAUUAUAAUAAACCAGAUUUCUUUACUUUCUACUAUUUUAUACAACUACACAUAUUUCAUGUUACAGAACAUUCAUUUUGUGUGUAAAUAAUGUUUAAAGUGGUGCUUUUUCUAUGUGACUAUUUAUAAAAUGUACAAAAAAAAUUAUAAUAAAUAUUGUUUUGAUAUAAAAAUGAAA